CUCCUGUAAGCUUAUGCAGUCCACCUGGCUGAGACGACUUUUUGUGUCACGGCCACCUCAACAGGCAGAGCUGGAUGGUAUUCGGAGGCUGGUUCCCGCGGAACUUGGGUCUUUUCACUUUCUGGCAAACAUUGAAGCGCUCUAAAGAACAUACAUUCUCUGCAGUAUUUAGGCUCAGCCUUGGUCUCAUCCGGCCAGGCUGCGCCCAUCGCCUCCUCCCUCCUCCUCCCCCUCUAGGACGCUUGAUCAAUCUUUCAAGUAUCUUCGUGGCUUCAACGUUGCUGCCUUUCACGGCGGCAGCAUUGAGUAUCAAGCAUCGUGUUCCUUUUUUUUCUUUCUCUCUCUCUCUCUUUCUAUUAUCUUUUAAUGUCUUGACACACUUGACGAUUUCUCCUCAUAUCGUCCUGCCCUGCAUCUCACAAUGGCGCUUCCCGGUGAAGGGUCAGAUGUCGAGGCUCUGAGGAAGAGGAUCGAGUAUGGCCUCAAUCUCCUUGGCAGAGAGGAAAAUGCAGCCACGAGGGAAAGGAUGAAGGCCGCCAUCGAGGCUGAUCGAGAACGCCUGGGCCAGCUUGAGAAUGACCAGCCACAACGAGAACGUCCGCGUGCCACGCCACAGAGACCGCGUGCAAUGUCGAAGAGCAAGAUAUGGGACGUGAUUGAAAAAGCCAAUCAGGUGUCGGCAGGAGAGCCGCCUAGGAAGGAAACUCCCAGCCACAAUCAACCCCAGGCAGAGCGAGAGACCCCCCGAAGAGAAAAGGAGCCCACGACUCCGACAGCAAAGGGCGAGGACGAGCAGCAGAGAAGGGCGCAGAUCAUAGCAGAGCUGCAGAGGCGCAGGGAUGUGCUGAUGGCCCAGCUGCACCCCCAGCCAGCAGCAGCAGCACCCGACGGCCCGACGGCCGAAGAGACCCGGCGGGAGGAGGAGGAGCGGGCGAGGAAGAAGCAGGAGCAGGCCAAGCUGGACUUGCAGACGGCCGUGCCCAGAGAGCGCAGCUCGGGCCUCUCAUACUCCUGGGUGUCUCCCACGGUCGGCAGCUUCGGGCCCGAGGCACGAGACCUCCCGAAGCCCACCAGGCAAACUCCCCCCGGCCCGGGCCGUGACGCGGGCGGCGGUAGAGGUAGCAGCAGCAGCAGCAGCAGCAGGACGAGGACGCACUCCGAAGACAGGCACAGUACAAGACCACCACCCGCGGCUCCCGCAGCGAAACCAGCUACCCACCACGUGCGAGAGCGAACCGCCCACCCGUACCUCAGCAGGAGGAGGAAGAACAACAACAACAACAGCGGCAGCGGCAGCACAAGCAGCCGCGGCGGCGAGACUCAGAACGAAGCCGGGACAGCAGCAGACACGCCGACGACAAGCCGCCGCGCCGGGAGCGCGAGCAUGAACGUGAACGUGAACGUGAAGGGGAUCGAGGGGGAGGCCGCCACCGCAGUCCUAGCCGGGACCGGGACCGAGAUCGAGACCGGCGUAGGCGGAGUGAGCCGCCAAGGGGAGGUCUGCUGGAGGAGCUCUUGA